CCUCACCGUGUCGUCCAGCUACUACAAGGACUUCAUCAUGUUCGCUGUAUCGACCGCAUUAGCUGCUCAGGAGGGCUUAUACUGCUCCCCCACCAACUUCUUCCUUGCCUCUCUGGGCAUUGCUGCUUCCAUCAGUCUAGCCAACCUUGGUGCCGCCUAUGGCACUGCCAAGGCUGGUGUUGGUAUUGCCUGUAUGGGCGUUAUGAGAGGUGAUCUCGUUAUGCGAUCUCUCAUCCCUGUUGUCAUGGCUGGUGUCUUGGGUAUCUACGGUCUCAUUACCUCCGUCAUCAUCAAUGGCAAGCUUGAGAACCCCGCCGCCCUCAGCCCCUACUCAGCUUAUGCCCUACUCGGUGCCGGACUUACUGUCGGUUUCUCUGCGUGGGCCGCCGGAUAUGCUAUUGGCAUCGUUGGUGACAUUGGUGUGAGGUGCAACGCUCUUUCCAACGGCAAGUUGUUCGUGGGCAUGAUCCUCAUUUUGAUCUUCGCCGAAGCCCUGGGUCUAUACGGUCUCAUUGUAGGCCUUGUUGUUGCCUCUGGUGCCAUGGAGAAGGGUAGCAAUCUCUGUAUCCCUUACAAGAGCUAAAUAGUAGCCUAACAUUCAUAGUGGUGACUGGUGUUCACCGUCAUCAUCCCCCCAUUGUGUUUUUCAUUUCUAGUGGUGACACCUGUUCACCCAUCCCUCCACGUGUCACCCGUAGUGGUCUAUCGAUCCUAGUGUGGCGCUUGCGAUACUCAGUAGAAUUCUCUCAUAACACUGAUGGUCUCUUGCCACUUGGAGGGAGGGUGACGGCUUGUCACGGAGUUUGAUGAUAAUGCAUCAUUGCGAAAUGCUAGAACAAUUUCCGU